CGCGCGCCCACGUGACCCGGCCCGAGUGCGGGUGCUGGAAGGCGGAAGUGGAGCGGAGUUAGGCGCCGCUGGUGUGGCCGCGGCAGUUCCAUUGUGAUGAUAUGGCAUCUGCCAGCUCCAGCCGGGCAGGAGUGGCCCUGCCUUUUGAGAAGUCUCAGCUCACCCUGAAAGUGGUGUCAGCGAAGCCCAAGGUGCACAACCGCCAGCCCAGAAUCAACUCCUAUGUGGAGGUGGCCGUGGACGGACUCCCCAGCGAGACCAAGAAGACCGGGAAGCGCAUCGGGAGCUCCGAGCUUCUCUGGAAUGAAAUCAUCGUUCUGAAUGUCACAGCCCAGAGUCAUUUAGAUCUGAAGGUCUGGAGCUGUCAUACCUUGAGGAAUGAACUACUGGGCACUGCCUCUGUCAACCUCUCCAGUGUCCUGAAGAACAAUGGCGGCAAAAUGGAGAACACGCAACUGACCCUGAACCUGCAGACAGAGAACAAAGGCAGUGUUGUCUCAGGAGGAGAGCUGACGAUUUUCCUGGAUGGGCCAACUGUUGAUCUGGGAAAUGUGCCUAAUGGCAGCGCAGUGACAGACGGAUCACAGCCACCUUCAAGAGAAUCCAGUGGGACUGCUAUAGCUCCAGAGACCCGGCACCAGCCCCCCAGUACAAACUGCUUUGGUGGUAGAUCCCGGACGCACAGACAUUCAGGUGGCUCAGCCAGGACAGCCACAGCAACCAGUGAGCAAAGCCCUGGCGGGAGGAGCCGCCGCCAGCCCGUGAAGAACCCCAGCGGCAGUGGCUUAGCCAAUGGCACAGUGAGUGAGGAACCUACUACAGUCAGUGAUCCUGAAGAGCCGUCAGUUGUUGGUGUGACAUCCCCGCCUGCAGCAGCCUUGAGUGUGUCCUCAAAUCCCAGCACAUCCCUCCCUGCACCAUCCACACCAGCUGAGGGAGAGGAGCCCAGCACUUCCGGGACACAGCAGCUCCCUGCUGCUGCCCAGGCCCCCGAUGCUCUUCCUGCUGGAUGGGAACAGAGAGAGCUGCCCAACGGGCGUGUCUAUUAUGUUGAUCACAAUACCAAGACCACCACCUGGGAGCGGCCUCUUCCUCCAGGGUGGGAGAAGCGCACAGACCCCCGAGGGAGGUUGUACUACGUGGACCACAACACCCGGACAACCACCUGGCAGCGGCCCACUGCUGAGUACGUGCGGAACUACGAGCAGUGGCAGUCCCAGCGCAGUCAACUGCAGGGGGCCAUGCAGCACUUCAGCCAAAGAUUCCUCUACCAGUCUUCGAGUGCUUCGACUGACCAUGAUCCCUUGGGCCCCCUCCCACCUGGCUGGGAGAAGAGGCAGGACAAUGGACGGGUGUAUUACGUGAACCACAACACACGCACUACCCAAUGGGAGGACCCGCGGACCCAGGGGAUGAUCCAGGAGCCAGCCCUGCCGCCAGGGUGGGAGAUGAAAUACACCAGCGAGGGCGUGCGGUACUUUGUGGAUCACAAUACCCGCACCACGACCUUUAAGGAUCCUCGUCCAGGGUUCGAGUCAGGGACCAAGCAAGGCUCGCCUGGUGCCUACGACCGAAGUUUUCGGUGGAAGUAUCACCAGUUCCGUUUCCUCUGCCACUCAAAUGCCCUACCCAGCCAUGUGAAGAUCAGCGUUUCCAGGCAGACACUCUUUGAGGAUUCUUUCCAACAGAUUAUGAACAUGAAACCUUACGAUCUGCGCCGCCGCCUCUACAUCAUCAUGCGAGGUGAGGAGGGCCUGGACUACGGCGGCAUCGCCAGAGAGUGGUUUUUCCUCCUGUCCCAUGAGGUGCUCAACCCUAUGUACUGUUUGUUUGAAUAUGCUGGGAAGAACAAUUACUGCCUGCAGAUCAACCCGGCCUCUUCCAUCAACCCUGACCACCUCACCUACUUCCGCUUUAUCGGCAGAUUCAUCGCCAUGGCUUUGUACCAUGGAAAGUUCAUCGACACAGGCUUCACCCUCCCUUUCUACAAGCGGAUGCUCAACAAGAGACCAACUCUGAAGGACCUGGAGUCUAUUGACCCUGAGUUUUACAACUCCAUUGUCUGGAUCAAAGAGAACAACCUGGAAGAGUGUGGCCUGGAGCUGUUCUUCAUCCAGGACAUGGAGAUCCUGGGCAAGGUGACAACCCACGAGCUGAAGGAAGGCGGGGAGAACAUCCGAGUUACCGAGGAGAACAAGGAGGAGUAUAUCAUGCUGCUGACUGACUGGCGAUUCACCCGAGGCGUGGAAGAGCAGACUAAAGCCUUCCUGGAUGGCUUCAAUGAGGUGGCCCCUCUGGAGUGGUUGAGAUAUUUUGAUGAAAAAGAGCUGGAGCUCAUGCUCUGCGGCAUGCAGGAGAUAGACUUGAGCGACUGGCAGAAGAACGCCAUCUAUCGGCACUACACCAAGAGCAGCAAGCAGAUCCAGUGGUUCUGGCAGGUCGUCAAGGAGAUGGACAAUGAGAAGAGGAUCCGGCUACUGCAGUUUGUCACGGGAACCUGCCGCCUGCCCGUUGGGGGGUUCGCCGAGCUCAUUGGGAGCAAUGGACCCCAGAAGUUCUGCAUUGACAGAGUUGGCAAGGAAACAUGGCUGCCCAGGAGCCAUACGUGUUUCAACCGUCUGGAUCUGCCUCCCUACAAGAGCUACGAGCAGCUGAAAGAGAAGCUGCUGUACGCCAUCGAGGAGACUGAGGGCUUUGGACAGGAGUAGCAGAGGCUGCUCCCCCAUAUCCUCCAGCACACGUAGUCCUGAGUCCUUCCUGCCUGAGAUGCCACCGGCUGCACGGCCCUUGAGAGACCCCUCUGGACAGUGGCCCUGCACGAGACAGUGCUUUGAUCAUGUUGGUGACGGAAGAGGCUGACCCCAAGAGGCCUUGGGGACCCUUUCUCUCUGAUGAUGGCAGUCUGGAAUAAAGCCCUGUCACCUUUGACUCCA